AUGGUGGUGGACCAGACAGAAGCCGGUAACCGCUUGACCUCAGCGGCAGCCGCCGGCGACCUAGCCGGGCUGAAAGCUCUGCUACGCGGGAGCGCAGUGCCCCCAGACACCGCCAAUCAAUUCGGGAAAACGGCGCUGCAGGUAAUGAUGUUUGGAAACAGCAGCGUGGCCGGCGAGCUUUUGAAACACGGCGCCAGCGUCAACGUGCAGGACGGGCUGGGUGUCACCCCGGCUCACGACGCGGCCAGGACCGGUUUCGUGGACACACUCCGGGUCCUGGUGGAGUACGGGGCCAGCGUUAACACCGCCGACAGCUUCGGCGCCCUCCCCGUUCACGUCGCAGUCAGCGAGGGCCACGUCGAGGUGGUUCGGUUCCUGGCGCCCAGAUCCGACCUGCGGCGACGCGACAAGAGCGGAGAAUCGGCUCUGGACCGGGCCAGGGUAUCGAACCAACCCGCUAUGGUGGAAAUCCUGGAACGGCAACUGGAAUCCGAGCAGAACUCGAACCGGCAGUGAUCAAACCGUCCCAUCAGCGUGUCACAAAACAGCGUCCCUGUGCCGUGUCAUGAAAACGCAAGUGCAAUUCAGCGCAGAGCCCGCUGGCUGCAUCCCGCCUGUCUGAAUCGCUCCCCGGGGCAGCCCUGCGUCAGAGCUGAGCCCGGUUCCGCGCUGGCAGGGGAGCUGCGGCUGGAGAAGGCGUUUCCAGGGGGUUGCUGUGUAUGUGCGCACGCUUUUCAAUGGGUUUGCAGAGUGCAGUGAAACGCGCAGCUCUGCGAUCCGCUCCCCUGCAGCUUGCACAGGGUUUCAGCCGCGUCCUGCUGGUCCCUUUGCAGGCUUUUUAAACUGUGCUUCCCGGCACUACACGGUGAUUCAGUGCUUAUUAUUAGUAUUAUUAUUA